CUCAACAGUGUGAACAAGGGCUCCAACUUCACAACAGAAAAUGGCCUGCGAAUGUGCUGGGCGAUCUCCAAACGUGGAGUGAUUGCAAAGAGGAAGAACAAACCAGUCAAAAGCCGCACAUUUUUCACUCUUAUCAUCUGGAGUCCCAAUUCUAUGGUAGAAGCAUCAGCGUUUCUCGCUACGCAGAGGCAUGCGGUGGUGACGGGAUCAAACAAAGGGAUUGGAUUCGAGAUCUGCAGGCAGUUGGCUUCGAAGGGGGUGACAGCGGUCUUAACUUCAAGGGACGAGAAGAGGGGUCUCGAAGCUCUCAGGAAGCUGAAGGAAGAGAGCUGUCCUGCUCUAUUGGGUGAAGUAGUUUUUCAUUGGCUUCAUGUUACUGACUCUGCAAGCAUUGACUCCCUGGUUGACCUCAUCAGAAAUCGGAUUGGAAAGCUGGACAUCCUGGUACACUAUAACAUGUUCUUCGUAGCCUUUCAAGAUUUGUCUCGUCAAUGGUAAAAAAUUACUUCUUUUACCUGCCACCACCUGAUCCCAAAUGACAAGAAUAAGUUUGAAAAGAGUUUGAGGCUCAAUUGCUUAGAAAGAAGAAAAGAGUUCCGGGAUCGUAACAUUCUUUCCCCAUAUGUGGCAUGAUUCCUUAUCUGAACUUAUUUUUGAUGCCCUUCUCUAAUGACCAAAAGAAGAUGGAAAACUAUUGCAGGUGAACAAUGCCGGGGUCGGUGGAAUUGUUUAUGUUUUUCAUGCUUUUGCAGAUGCUAUUGAGCGUGCUGG